AUGGCGGAGGCGAGCAUCAGGCUGCACUUGCAGGGUGCAGAGCGCGCGCGCGCCAGGCGGCUGGCUGCGCAAGACGAGGCUGGCGGGGACGAGGCCGCGGCCGAAGCAGAGACGCGGCCGGACAGGCAGCGGCGGGGCGAGGGCGGCGCCGCCGGCGGCGGCGGUGGCAGGGCUGCGGCGGCGGCGUGGGCGGCGGCGCCGGAGGGCGCCUACGGGCACCCGCUGUUGGGGGGCGUCGUUGGGUCAGGGCCGCGCCGCCGGCUGCUGCUGCCGUCGGGGCACGCCUUGAGCAUGGAGGGUGCCCGUGCCGGCGGCGGCGGCGGUGGCGCGGCGGCAUGGUCCGAGGGCCCUUUGGGCGCCGCGCUGCUGCAGCUGCAGACGGCGGCAGCUUUGCUGCAGGACCUGACAGCAGAAGCCGCCAAGGAGGUCGAGGAGGCCGCCUCUGCCGCCGCGGCCGCGGCCACGCUCGGCGGCGGCGGCCCGCUGCCCCCCAACGGCGCAGGCGGCGGGGGCUACGGCGACGGCUCGCCCGGCGCGGGCGGGCGCCGCUCGAGCGGCGAUCAUUUUGGCGCCAGUGGCAGUCCGGGCGCCGCCGCGGCGGCGGCCGCUGGCGGGCCGCGGGUGCUGUCCGAUUGCGCGCCUGCAGAGCUAGAGGCGGCCGGGCAAGCCAUCUACGCCAACCUUUCCUUUGUCCACUUGCUCAGGGACGACCCUGUCUCGACCCUGGCAGCUGCCCGGCAGCUGCUGGCGUGCAGCAGCCUCAGCGCGCAGCAGCACUGCCUCGGCUCCUGCUACGCGGCCGAGGCACACCGCGUGGUGGGGCGGCCGGAGGAAGCUGCGGAGUAG